UUGCAAAGGCACAGCACAGGGGGCUCUAAAGUCUAAAGUUUAAACAUUUUGAUUGUUUCAUCUACGCGCAGAAGUUGAACUUCUGCAUGUGUUCUGCCGCAGAACACAGUCAUUAAAUGAUCAAAAUAUUGUAAAAUUAAUUUAUCACAUCUUCAGACUCCAGUAAAGAUCACUUAAUUUAGUUUAGACAAAGUCAUGGCAAAUUUUUAUACUAGUUAUUAUCCAAAUUACUUUAGUGUUGAGGACAUUUUAGCUUCCCAAGACCGAGUUCCUUGCAAAUUUGAAGUCACUGUCAAAGGACUGGGUUACCUUGAUGCCUCAUCUGGGAAUGAAGACAUCCUGCCAGGAUCCAAAAUAGAGUUGCCCUGCUGGAUGGCCCGCCCAUUGUGUUCCUCCAAACGCCUCCCCAUUGUGUCUGCUCAGCUGCCUGUCAACUACCGUGAAAGAUACAGAGAAAUUCUAAGCGCUGAUGCUUGCGUGGUGGACCUGCAGAAGCUGGGCCCUCAUUUCUACGAGCUGGGACUGCACUUGCUGCCCAUCACAUCUGCUCCGGACAGACCUCGUCUUGCUGCCUUGCUAACUCAGGUUCUGAGGGACAGGCUCAGGCCCAUAAUGGACGACGCUCAGCACUGCAGCGCUGAUGAGACCUCACAGAAAAUUGCCAAGCUUGACCGACUCGAGAUCAGACUUUUCCGGGGAGGCCAGGAGAGCGUCAGGGACCGGGAGCGCUGGCUGGACCGCACGGCUCACCUGCUGUCCAUGGCGCCGCUGCUCGCUGCCUCCAACGCCAGGCACAAGCGCAAGCGUCAAGACUCAUAGCCUCCUGCCUUGAUUAAUCAAUUAAUUCUAUACUCUUAUUUGAUAUUUCCUGUUUACCUUUUCUCUAUUCACAUCCAUGGUGUGAGAGUAUAAAUAUUAUAGCCUCCUGCCUUACUUUAUGCUAUACUCUUAUUUGAUAUUUCAUAUUCGAUUGUUUAUUUUUUCUCUUUUUAGCGUAUUUCC